UGGUUCAUUUUGGUGCAGCAGCCAAUCUGCGUUUACAGUAAAACCCAACACUUCCUGUUUCGGAUUAGGAAACGAUUGCAAUGUAAAUAGAUACAGUAGUGGUUAUCGUGAAAUCACUGUAUAUUCAAUCUGAUAUGCCGAAUGAAUUGCAGUGUUUUACGUGAACUGCCAUACCGUUUAUGAGAGGGAGCACAAGGCCUGAACAUGCCUGUGUCCCUGCUGUGGGCAGUGGAUGUGUACGGGCGCGUGUACAGCUUGUCCACCGGAGGGCAGCAGUGGGAGCAGUGUCGUGAUGCUGUGUUAGAGUUUAAGAGGGUGACAGCCGUGCAGCAGUGUUGCUGGGGUAUCGCCUGUGACCAUCACAUCUACCUGAAUGUCCACUCUAGUGAUGUUCCCAUACGCUACCAGGAGGAGACAUUCGAGAACCAGCGAUGGAAUCCCAUGGAUAACUUCUCGGAUCGCUUGUUGCCGAGUGACCGCUGGCAGUGGAGUAACAUCACAGGACUGGAACACCAACCCCUUGAAAGCUUCCUUCUUCCCUCGACCAACUGGGAGUGGGAGGGGGACUGGUACAUUGACGAGAACUUUGGAGGAGAGCCCACAGAGAAAGAAGGUUGGACCUAUGCCAUAGACUUCCCUGCCACCUACACCAAAGACAAGAAGUGGAACUCAUGUGUCCGUCGCAGGCGAUGGAUCCGCUACAGGAGGUACAAGGCCACGGACACCUGGGCCAAGAUCCCGUCAGAGGGUCACAGUGGUCCCCUUCCAGACCCCUUUAAUGACAUCAGCUGUGGAGGCUGGGAGAUCAGUGAGGAGCCCAGGGGGAGGUUGUCUCUGUGGGCCGUGUCUCUACAGGGCAAGGUGUGGUUUCGUGAGGGUAUCCACCACCACAGCCCAGAGGGGGAUGGCUGGGAGGAGGUGUCUCUGCCUGGGGAGGUGGUGCAGAUCAGCUGUGGUCCAGGGGACCUGGUCUGGGCCGUGCUCUGGGAGGGACAACUCAUCGUCAGGGAGGGCAUCACCAGAGACUGCCCACAAGGCUCCUCCUGGGUACUGGUGGACUCUCCCAACCCAGAGGCCGGGGCCAUCCAUGUAGCUGUGGGGGACAACGUAGUCUGGGCUGUCACCAAGGACAACAAGGUAUGGUUCAGACGUGGCAUCAACUCCUAUAACCCCCGUGGUUCAGGCUGGAUCGGGAUGAUCGGGGAGAUGGUCAUGAUUAACGUGGGUCUCAACGACCAGGUGUGGGGUAUCAGCUGUGAGGACCGAGCAGUGUAUUUCCGUCAGGGUGUGACCUCCAGUGAGUUGAGUGGUAAAGCCUGGAAGGCUGUCAACGUGCCCCGAGACGGAGACAUCAGGUCCCACUCCUCCGCCAGCAGUAGCAGUCUGCACAGGUGGACUGGGGACAUGAACACACACAUAAACACACACACACAUUGUUUUCACUGCUUGGGCAACCUCGGCUACAUAAAGCGAUUAGCCAAGCAGUCUGCCAGCUGGGUGCUCUGUGUAAUACUAAUAGUUUAUCUCUCUCUCAUUUUUUCUUUCUCUCUCUCUCUCUCUCUCUCUCUCUCUCUCUCUCUCUCUCUCUCUCUCUCUCUCUCUCUCUCUCUCUCUGUCUCUCCCUCUCUCUCUGUCUCUCCCUCUCUCUCUGUCUCUCCCUCUCUCUGUCUCUCCCUCUCUCGCUCUCUUCCUCUCUCUCUCUCUGUCUGUCUGUCUGUCUCUAUCUGUGUGAGUCUCUCUCUUUAUCUCUCACAAAGUGCUGGUUGUUUCUUCAGUGGUGAGGUGCGAGCACAGUCUGUGAUGAGCGAAGACUCAGACACAGAGAACGGUCCACAGAGGGCAGUCCUAGAAGUAGGGGCCUGCUCCUCCUCCCCUCCCCCCGAGCCCCCUCCUGUUGACCCCGACGUCCCCAAACCACGCAUCCCCAAGGUCACCAGCGACAGCUUCAUCUCCGAGAUGCUCUCUGACCGCAAGGUCAAACGGGAGGGGGCCACCACUGCCGUCACCGCAGGUCCCUCUAUCCCAGAAGAGGAGGCCUCUCUUCGGGAGGCAGAUGCCAAAUCUCCCGCUCCGGCCCUGGUUCUGUCCCCCAGCCUGUCUGGAGGGCCUGGGGACCCCCAAUGGAGUAACGUGGACCUAGAAGAGGCACAGACUCACCUGGCUGUGGUGCCCGCUGGGGUGAGAGGGGACGCGGCUGACACCUGUAGCCUGUCCUCUGUGGCCACCUACACCCUGUGUCAGGAAGAGCCGUAUGGGGCGGAUGAACACCCGCUCUGGGCAUGGGUCAGUGGAGGAGGCUGUGGUGUGGACUGUCACUCCCAGCUCAACUGGUUCAACUCUGCCACAGCCCUGACAUCUUCAGUCCAGUCCAUGAGUCUGUCCAUCAGUCUAGCCCAGACAGCUGCCUGGCGGAAACAGAUCUUUGAACAGCUCAGCGAACGCUCCAAGAGAGAGAUGGACAACUUUAAACACUACGAACAGGCCAUAGAACAGUCUGUGUGGGUGAAGAAAGGGACCAUGCAGUGGUGGAGGGACUGGAAGCCCCAUAAAUGGGUGGACGUGAGGUUUGCCCUGGAGCAGUUCUCAGGACCAGAGGGAAACCAGGACGGCAUCCUCUUCCUCUACUACAACUUCAACGAGGAGAAGAAGUACCUACAUGCAUUCAUUAACGAGGUGACUAUCUUGGUGCCGGUGCUGAAUGACUCCAAACACACGUUUGCCAUCUACACAGCAGAGAGGACCAAACAGAGGUGGCCUAUCAGACUGGCUGCUGCCACCGAGCUGGAGAUGCACGACUGGCUGGCCCUGCUGAGUGUGUCGUGCUGUGACUCCCGGGGGAUCCAGGGUCCCCCCUCUAAACAGGCCCUCUGGUCAGUCACCUGUAAAGGAGACAUCUUCGUCUGUGAGCCUUCACCUAGCCUGGAGGCCUGUCCCAACCCUACACCCUGCGACCAGAUGUUCUGGCAUCAGGUGGGGGGCCACCUGCGUCUGGUGGAGUGUAACAGUCUGGGGGUGGUGUGGGGGGUUGGCUACGACCACACUGUCUGGGUCUACACCGGCGGCUAUGGAGGGGGAUUCUUGCAGGGUCUGGCCAGCAGCACAGAUAACAUCUACACCCAGACAGAUGUGAAGUGUGUCUACAUUUAUGAGAACCAGAGGUGGAACCCAGUCACAGGAUAUACCAAUAGAGGCCUCCCAACAGACCGUUACAUGUGGAGUGAUGCAACAGGACUGCAGGAGUGUACCAAGGCCAACACCAAGCCUCCAUCCCCUCAUUGGACAUGGGUGGCAGACUGGGCCAUUGACUACGGUAUCUCUGGAGGGACAGACAGAGAGGGUUGGCAAUAUGCAGCUGAUUUCCCAACGUCGUAUCAUGGCCACAAGACCUUGAAGGACUUUGUCCGUCGUAGGCGAUGGGCCAGGAAGUGUAAACUGACGACCACAGGGCCGUGGCAGGAAGUCCCACCCAUCCCGUUGAGUGACGUGACCAUCAUCCCGUGUGGAGCUCAGAGCAUUGUUGAGCCGAUCCCUCUGUGGGCCAUCAGUAACAAGGGAGACGUGCUCUGUAGACUGGGAGUCACCCUACUGACACCUGCUGGGACGUCGUGGCUCCACGUGGGCACAGACCAGCCCUUUAAGUCUAUCUCCAUCGGUGGGGCCAACCAGGUGUGGGCCAUUGCCAGGGAUGGCUCUGCCUUCUACAGGGGCUCCGUGUCUGCACAGAGCCCUGCAGGAGACUGCUGGUACCACAUCCCCUCUCCAGUCAGACAGAAGCUCCAACAGGUGUCUGUAGGGAGGACGUCAGUCUACACAGUGGAUCAACAUGGUAACCUGUGGUUCAGACAGGGCCUGACUCCUAGCUACCCCCAGGGAUCGUCAUGGGAACACAUCUCCAACAAUGUACGCAAGGUCUCCGUUGGACCUCUGGACCAGGUGUGGAUCAUAGCUGACAAGGUGCAAGGCAGCCACAGUCUGAGCUGUGGGACAGUCUGUCACCGUCUGGGGGUUCAGCCCAUGGAGCCAAAGGGACAGUCAUGGGACUACGGCAUCGGGGGUGGCUGGGACCACAUCACUGUGAGAGGGAACUCCUUUGAGGCUCCCCGUGUCCGUAUUCCCCUUCUAACGGACCCCCUCCCUAACGGACCCCGCAGACCGCUCUCCUUCAGGAACACAGAGGAGAACGGGAAAGCUGUCAGGUGUUAAACACACACACACAUAGAGUAUUUGCCAGUGGACACUGUAUCUCUGUUCUGUCUUCAGCCCAACUCUCGCUACAAAAAAAACGCCCUAAUGCAACUACUCCACCAUCCACACUGUACUGUAGCUUCCAGCUCCAGCCUCAACCUCGAAGUGUCUGAAGUCAAACUCUUCUUCUGUCCAAUCACCUGGUUGUGUUCAAUUACCUUUGAACCCUAGCUCUGUGCCCUCAGCUUGACUCAGCCAAUCACCUUCUCUCUUCACAACUAGCAGGUCAUGUUCAACAUUUCCCACAUAGAGAGCACUAGUCAUUUUUAAACAGUGUGACUCAGUCUUCGAACAUUGCAUCAUCGUUAUUUAAAUCUGUGGUCUUAAGAUAACUUUUGGUUUUAUUUAUUGUUAUUGUUUGGUUGAAUGUUUUUUUUCUGUGUGUAGGUGUGUACAGUGCUGUAUGUGAAUACAUGUUUUGUUUAUGUUAUAUUGGUGAUAGGUUUAACUUUUUCAAAUAUAACGUAAGAAGUGUUUUCUGGGGUAUUCAAUGCUAUUGGCCCGAUAUAUGAUUCUGUGAAGGUGGGCGAUGUAUGAUUCUGUGAAGGUGGGUGAUGUAUGAUUCUGUGAAGGUGGGCGAUCAGUAGUUUUUACUGAUUCUGUUCCAAUAAGUUACUAUACUUCCUACUUUGUACCUGCUGGUAACGUAGAGAUUCCACUGGAGUCACAUCAGAAACAAUAAGGGUUUAUUUACCGAGAAUAAUUUUGGUUAUUAAUCCUUUGAUAGCACACGGCGCUUUUACAGUUAUAUGCCUUUCCCCUGAAUGGUUUGUAUCUGUGAUGGCCACAGUGAAGAGUUUGUAUGUCCAUGUUCCUAGGGGACAGUUUCUUUCUUUAGCAUUUUUGUGUUACUCUUGAAAAGAAAGUACAUGUUCUUAUUUUCAUAAAAAAUGUGAAUUGCUUAAAAAAUGAUGUCUUUGAAAGGCUUAAAAGUUAUUUUGUUUGUUUCUCAGGAAAAUAAGAGUUUAACACUAUUAUUUGCAUAUUUUUCACCUCCUAUGAUUUUAGCAGUAAUGACUGGGGUUGGUAGAAAGAACAAAUAUAUAUAUUUUUUAUAAAUCUGAAUACGAGUAUAGUAUAAAUGUUUUCAUUGUGAUAUUUCAAGGUUGGGUUAUUGUACAUUGAUAUAUAAAAAGCAUAAAAUAUCAGUCAUAUUAAGUCAUAUUAACUAUUAUCUUUAAACCACAAAGGCUGAAACUAUCACGUUUGGGCAUUCAUUCAUCUUACUGCUGUAACUGAAAGAUGAAGAUCCAAUAGUGACUGAUAUACUGCAACUACAAAUCAUUAAUUGUCCAGAAAACAGUAUAUCUGUGAAUACUGUCACUUUAUCUUCCUAUGGCAGUUCCUAAUACAACAAGUGCAUUGUUUGAUAAUGACACUGACUACAUACUGCUGUUACAGUGCAGGAUUUAUCCUAAAGGAGGGACGCAUUACACUUAUAGGUUGGGAUGUGAAGACUACAUACUGCUGUUACUAAUACAACAAGUGCAUUGUUUGAUAAUGACACUGACUACAUACUGCUGUUACAGUGCAGGAUUUAUCCUAAAGGAGGGACGCAUUACACUUAUAGGUUGGGAUGUGAAGGGGGUACACCAUAGCAUGAAAAACAGAAGUCUAGCGGAGGACUUUUCACUUGAGGAUUCCAUUGCUUUUAUUGAUUAUGGUGUAAACUAGAAUACUAUAAGCCGGUACUGUUCCAACUCCAACAAGGCUGUUAUUGAUCUAUAUAUUUAUUCCUCCUAAUAGUGUGCAUGGUCAAUGUCCUCUCAAUAAAUGUGAUUGUUGAUAAGGAA